CUGGAGGGGGCUUUUUGUGGUGCAUUGUUGCGUCCCAACUCACGGGCAAACAUCCCCAAUCCCUUGCCGACGUCAGUUUCGCCCUACCUGCAUCUUCGCACACGCCUCACCCCCUUUCGCAAGGACACCCCACCACCAUGGCCGACGAGGAGGAGACUUUCAACUUCGAGCUCAGCGAGGCCGGUGCCUCGAUUGCCGAGAACAGCCCUAUCAAUGAGGAGGUUGUCUCCUUCGGCGAGGAGCACGACUUCAGUGGUGAGCACCAGGCCGUCCCGGCCAACCUGCGCUCGACCUCUCCCUUCAUGACCAAGUACGAGUGUGCUCGUCUUCUGGGGACCCGCGCUCUUCAGAUCAGCAUGAACGCCCCGAUCACUGUCGAGCCCGCUGGCCUGACGGACCCGCUUGCGAUUGCCGAGAAGGAGCUUCGCGAGGGGAAGGUCCCGCUGAUUGUCCGCCGCUACUUGCCCAAUGGCACCUACGAGGACUGGCCCGCUUCCGAGCUUAGCUACAACUACAACUGAUUGAGUUGUCUCUUCGCUCGCUUCUCUCGGGCUCCUGUGCUUUCGAUGCCUUCUCCCGCCGAGUCGACGCCUCCUCCAAUCUCUCUCUCUCUCUCUCCCCCCCCCCUUGCCCUCUUGCGUUGGGGUAUGCGCGGGAGUGUGUGCGCGUGUGGACGUGAAUGCAUCUUUGAGAUCCCACUCUCAUCCUAGGCUCCCCCCUUUCUCUUCCACCACCCACCCCCUCCAGCAUAUUUCCCCCCAAUGUGAGGCGAGGGAGAGGAGGCCUGCGCGCGCGCCGGUCGCUGCUG